AUGGUCGCCACCGUGCAGAAGCCCGCGCCCGCGUUCAAAGCGAGCGCCAUCGUCGACGGCCUCUUCAAGGAGGUCGCCCUCUCCGACUACCUCGGCCAGUGGGUCAUCCUUUUCUUCUACCCCAUGGACUUCACCUUCGUCUGCCCGACGGAGAUCCUCGCGUUCAACGACGCUCUCCCCGCGUUCACUGCCAUCAACACCGUCCUCCUCGCGGCCUCGACCGACUCGCAGUACUCGCACUUUGCCUGGGCGACGUCCCCGCGCAAGCAGGGCGGUCUCGGCCCGGACCUCAAGCUCCCGCUCAUCGCGGACCGCAACAUGUCGAUCUCGCGCGACUACGGCGUCCUCAUCGAGGACGAGGGCAUCGCCCUCCGCGGGCUCUUCAUCAUCGACCCCAAGGGCAUCCUCAGGCAAAUCACGAUCAACGACCUCCCCGUCGGCCGCUCGGUCGAGGAGACGAUCCGGCUCGUGAAGGCGUUCCAGUUCACCGACGAGCACGGCGAAGUGUGCCCCGCGAACUGGAGCGAGGGCGCGAAGACGAUGAAGGCGGACCCGAAGGGCUCGCUCGAGUACUUCGCGAGCGUCGAGAACGGGAAUGUGAGCAAGAAGCGCGCCCGCACUGACUGA